AUGUCGACUCGCCCUGGUGUUCUCUCCACCCUCGUGGAAUUGGUCCGCAAGACGAUCAAUCUCGACCCUCUGGUCUUUGUGAAUUCCGGACUGGUAGUGGUUGGGCUGAUCACUUCACUCCGCUCCGCCGCAAAUGUCUUGUACAGCUAUGCCGAAAACAUUUGUUUAUCAACUGUACACGUGAGGGCCGAAGAUCCGCUAUAUACGGAUGUCGUCCGCUGGAUGAAUGAUCAUGCCUUUCGAGGUCGCAACUUCCUGUCCGUCCUGGCCCAAACAAAUAAUAAUUCCGACGACAAACCUUUGCGAUGCCCAAUGCAAUUGGAUCCCGAUAGGCUGGUCAGCUACCGAGAGGUCGAAGACAACUCCUUCUUAGAGCUGAAGCCUUUCCAUGGCUCGCGUCUGUUUCGAUUUCAGCGGACGUGGAUGCUGUUCAGCCACGCAGCAAGUGGUCCCGGAUGCUACGGCCCUCCCCAAUUGGAUGCGAAUCCCCCUUUGAAACUGCAAUGUCUCAGUGUCUCUCUUUCUCCGAUCAAAAAAUUCCUCGACGAAGUUCGUGCAUACGGCCGUAAAGUGUCCGUUUCUAAUAUCAGUAUCUACCGCACUACCUCCUAUGCCCAGGAUGUCAUCCGUUGGAGCUCGGUCGCUUCAAGAUUAUCCAGAGAUAUGUCCACUGUGAUCCUUGAUAAACAGAAAAAGCAAACCAUACUGCGGGAUAUCAACGAGUACCUCCAUCCCCAUACACGACAAUGGUACGCCAAUCACGGCAUUCCAUACCGACGCGGGUAUCUGUUCUCUGGGCCUCCAGGUACGGGCAAGACAAGCCUGGCAUCUGCGAUCGCGGGCGUGUUUGGUCUUGAUAUCUACGUUUUGAGCUUGCUGGACCCAGCAAUGACAGAAUCGCAGUUUUCACGGCUGUUCUCCGAGGUGCCAACACGUUGUGUAGUGCUAUUGGAAGAUGUCGAUGCUGCGGGCCUAAACAGAGAGAACAUUGUGCCUGGUGAAGAUCUCAUCCAGAGAUCAGCAAAGACAAACACUUCCGUCUCUCUGUCCGGCCUUCUCAAUGCAAUCGACGGCGUCUCGUCCCAAGAAGGCCGAAUCUUAAUCAUGACCACCAACGCACCGCAGGAACUGGAUCGCGCACUGAUUCGACCGGGUCGUGUGGACCUCCAUGUCAGAUUUGAGCUUCCAUCUCGAGAAGAACUGCGAGAUCUCUUCUUGAGCAUGUAUAGCGAGGUGUACCAGAACCCCCAAUCCUCCGAGGGGGAACACAAACUGGAAUUGGCGAAGUUGACUGAGCUGGCUCUGUCCUUUGCGGAACUUCUUCCAGAGAAGCGUUUCAGCAUUGCAGAUGUGCAAGGCUUUCUCUUGCGGUAUAAGCGUCGCCCCCAGGAGGCCUGCACCCAUGUCGAAGACUGGGUCGAGGAGAUGGAGCUUGAAGAGUAUUGA